CCUAUCUAAUGUUUGUUUUGUUUUGAUCUUGAACUUUGUAGUUUCUUAAUGUGUUAUAAUUUACAUAGAAAAUUGUUUAUGCUAAUUAACAUACGUAAUCAUCAUGCCUAUUUUAAAAAUAUACGCCCUAGAUGAUCAAGAAGAGGCGUCUGUAAUUUCUGCUUUUCCUGAAGGUGAACACUCAAUAGGAAGAGAUAAACUAAACUGUAAAGAUAAAAGAGUUUCCCGAAAUCAUGCAUUGAUUACUAUUACAGAUAAUUCCAUCACAUUACAUUCUACACACGUUAAUCCAUCAUUUUACAAGCCUCAUGGGGGAAAUAGUAUCAGGUUAGUAAAGAAGGAUGAAUCAGUUACCAUAAAUGAUGGAGACCAAUUUGCUUUUUUGGCAGAUGCAUACUGGUUUAAGACGAGAAUUGAGCAAAGUGAAAUUAAUUUAGAUUCAAGUAGCAAUAAAAGAAUCCACGAGGAGAAUGAAAUUUACGAUAACCAAAAAAGAGCAAAAGUUGAUAACAUAGAGAACAUUAAUGAAGAAAGUACAAAAUCGGCAGUUAGUGACAAUAUUGAUAACCAAGAAAGUAAAGGAUGUGUAUCAGAUUCUGAGGGAAGUAUAGACUUUGCCACUUCACUGCAAAAUGAAGAUGAUAUCCCAAAUGAAGAGGAUCCAAAAGAUACUACUGAAGACAAUAUAGAAAAACCAACAGAGGAAAACAAUCCAGAAGAUACAAUAACAACUGAAAAUAACAGAGAAAGUAUAUUAAAUGAAGUAGAACCAUCAAGAGAACAAAAUGAUACAGAAGAUAAUAAAAAUGACGAUAAUGAAGUAAAUCCAUUAAAUGAAAUAAAUCAAAAUGAUGAAAGUAAACAAGAAACAAAAACUGAUAAUGGCGACUCCAGUACAAAUGACCCAUCAUCUAGUAAAACAAAACGAGAGCCUUGUUGGUAUGGUGCAAAGUGUUACAGAAAAAAUGCAGCUCAUAAACAGGCAUUUAGCCACCCUGGUGAUUCAGAUUAUGAAGAUAAUGAGGUACCUGAAUGUCCUUACGGCACUGGUUGUUACAGAACAAAUGCUAUUCACAGAAAACAGUAUAAACAUACUAAACCACCAGCACCUAAACCAGUACCUGCAACUACAAAGAAUGAUGAAUCUGAAGAUGAAGAAAGUGGUGAUGAUUCUCCAGUAGGGAAGCGAAAGAGAAAAGCUGUUGCUAAAGCUAAAAAUUAUGCAGAAUCUCCUGAAGAUGACUAUGACUUGCAAGAUCCAUUCAUUAAUGAUGGAAGUAGUGAUGAUUUGAAUUGUCAGAUGAUGGUGACGAUGAUGAUUGGCAAGAUUCUCAAGAAGUUGAAGAAGAAAGUCAAGACACAAGGAGGCUUCUAAAGGAAGCCAAGAAAUUCACAAGGAAGAAAAAUAAGAAAUAAUUGAUCACAGUGUUUUUUAGCAUCACAUUUAACAUCAUAUUUGUCCUAAAAAUUUAUAUUUUGUACCUUUAUUUUUAUAUUUAUGCAAGCAUGCCAUCUAAACUGUUUAUUGAGUAUUAAUAAAUGAAAGUAAAAUACUGUAUUUGUUAAUUAAUUAUGUUAAAUAUUCUCUAUUUUAUUAAUAAAUUUAUUACAUUUU